CCACUCAUGAUCCUUAGCUGAACGUCGACGACGCUCACCCCACGACCAGGCAGUCAGUGGGUUUCGAACUCGCAACCUAACGAUUGUAAGACAGGCGUUCUAACCAACUGCGCUACCUGGCCUGUUCCGUUCUCUGCGUUUCCUUCAAACGCUGUGUCAUCCGAAGCUCCAACUGAUGCUUCUGACAGCUCCACAACCUCAAAAGAUCAGUCGGGUGAAACAAAAUCAGUAUCUGGUGAAACAAAUAAGUCUAAUCCUAUUGAUAGAACAACCGAAAUGAAACCGGACCUCCCAACAACCCCAAGAGUUCCAGUAUCAACAGAUUCUUCAAAAGAGCAGCCAGAUAUCACAAGUGUUGUUCCUUUUAGAAGUGAAAGUAUAGGUUCAGUUACCACAACUGUAAUUAAUCCACCGGUGCUUCCUACUGAAGAAGUUAAUACUGAAGAUCCUUCGGAUAAGAGUAACGAGUCAUCGACUGAAGACGAAGCAACAACUGGUACGCCAGAUCCUGAUGUUGACAACGUCCACGGUACUACACCAAAACCUAUUGAUACUCGGACAGAAGAUGGGUCAACUGCUUCUCAAGGACCAUCUUUACCAACUACACUUUCACCAAGAUCGAAAAAACCAUCCACUAGUGCUGAUGAUCAAUCAGUUUCAAAAUCUACAACGGAUGAAUCUAAAGACAACGGCGAUGUUAGUGAGGGUCCUCCAAGUGUGAAACCACCAAAGGAUUCAGUUUCUGAUGAACAAAGUUCUGAAGACGAUGCAACAACUGGCACGCCAGAUCCUGAUGCUGACAACGUCCACGGUACUACACCAAAACCUAUUGAUACUCGGACAAAAGACAAAUCAACUGCUUCUCAAGGACCACCUUUGCCAACUACACUUUCACCAAGAUCGAAAAACCCAUCCACUAGUGCUGAUGGUCAAUCAGUUGCAGAAUCUACAACGGAUGGAUCUAAAGACAACGGUGAUAUUAGUGAGGGUCCUCCAAGCGUGAAACCAACAAAGGAUUCAGUUUCUGAUGAAGACGAAGCAACAACUGGCACGCCAGAUCCUGAUGCUGACAACGUCCACGGUACUACACCAAAACCUAUUGAUACUCGGACAGAAGAUGGGUCAACUGCUUCUCAAGGACCACCUUUGCCAACUACACUUUCACCAAAAUCAGAAAAUCCAUCCACCAGUGCUGAUGAUCAAUCAGAUACAGAAUCUACAACGGAUGGAUCUAAAGACAACGGUGAUGUUAGUGAGGGUCCUCCAAGUGUGAAACCAACAAAGGAUGCAGUUUCUGAUGAACAAAGUUCUGUAGACGGAGCAACAACUGGCACACCAGAUCCUGAUGCUGACAACGUCCACGGUACCACACCGAAACCUAUUGAUACUCGGACAAGAGACAAAUCAACUGUUUCUGAAGGACCACCUUUGCCAACUACACUUUCACCAAGAUCGAAAAACUCAUCUACCAGUGCUGAUGAUCAAUCAGUUAAAGAAUUUACAACGGAUGAAUCUAAAGACAACGGUGAUGUUAGUGAGGCUCCUCCAAGUGUGAAACCAACACAAGUUUCAGUUUCUGAUGAACAAAGUGAGAGUCCUGAUGAAGACACAACUACUAGGCUUGUAACGCCGCCAGUAGAUGUGACUGCUAGUUACGAAAGUAGUUCCGCUGACUUUAAAUUCAAGACAAGUCCUCCUGAUACUAAAUCUCCUCAAGAAUUUAAAACAAAGACGUCGUCCAAUUCAUUUGUAUCAGAGGAACCGAGUGAAAAGCCAUCGGAUAAAAUCAACGAAUCUUCUACUGAUAAUGGAAUAGGUAAUGGCACUGAACCUAUUGUGUCAGAAGCCUCAACUCUUACACCACCAACACCUUCCAUUCCCUUCUCAUCGACACCACCAACUGUGAUUCCAACAGAAGAUACGAAGACUUCAUCAUCAAAAGAUGUUCUGACCACCUCUAAGGUCAAGGUUCUUCCAACCACUCCAAAUGAAAAAGAUUCCUCCGAUGAAAUGACGGGAUCAACUUCAGGCACAACUCGGGGUAUCUCUACUGUCACCCCCACGGAAGAUAGUGGUACAGUGGACAAAUUCACUGGAGACAAUAGACCUACAAAGGAAACCACUACUAAUUCACUUCCAUCGUAUGUGUCCUCUGAAGGUAUUGAAACUGGUGAUAACUUAUCAUCCACCCCUCCUCUUCCUGAAACGUCUCCACAGAAAUCAAGUGAAGCACUUACAGAUAGUUCUCUUACUGAGUCAGUUACAGAAAAACUGAAAUCAUCUGUGUCUCCUACCAUGGAUGGAAAAGAAGAAGAAGAUAGAACUACGAAGGACUCUGACCCUCCACAGAAAACCGAUCCAACUAAGAGAAAAGAAAAAACGUCUACUCCUGUUACAAUCGUUGAAACUUUCACCAACAGCCCUACUACUGUUUCUCCCAAAAAGGAUUCAGUUUCUGAUGAUGAAAGUGAUCUCAGUGAAGGGCCUCCAACAGUGACUCCAACAAAAGGUUCAGUUACUGACGGGCAAAGAUCUGAGGACGUUGUAUCCACCAAACUUUCUACACCACCAGUGGAUGUGAGUACUAGUUACGAAACUAGUUCUGCUGACAUGAGAUUCAAAACAAGUCCUCCUGACACCAAAUCUCCUCAAAAAUCGAAAUCAAAGUCACCACCUAAAUCGUCAGUGGAACCGAGUGAAAAAGCCUCAGAAAAGAUCAACGAACAAUCAACUGAUGAUGGAAAUGACGAAACUGAACCGAUUGAGUCAAAACCAUCAACUCUUACAACAGUAACGCCAUCGAUUCCUAUAUCUUCGUCACCACCGACUGUCAUUCCAACAAAAGAUCCAAACGAUGCAACAACUGGAACGCCAGAUCCUGAUGUUGACAACGUCCAUGGUACUACACCCAAAUCUACUGAUGCGCCAUCAACUAAACGUGGCAAGAAUACCUCUGCAAAUCUGGAUGACAAAACCAAGACGGAUGGUGAAGUUACCACUUUCAGCCCUGGACCUAGUGAAGAUGCAACGGAAGGCACCACUGAUGAAAUUGGUACAACCGAGAAAGCUGAAAUUAAUUUCUGUGAGAAAGAUAAGGAAUACAAAUCUCGCGUCGAAGAAUUUUGUAAUGAGCUGGUGUUCUCUAUAUUCAUGCUGAAUGUUGAUUGCAGAGAUACUAUUGGUACCACAGAAUUCUACAGAAACUGUACUGAAAAACUGUGUAAAGGAGACACGCCAGAGCAAAGAUGUGGGUUAGCAUUUGAAUACCAGGCUUCUUGUACAGAUGGUGAUAUCGGAAGUGUUCAAGUUGAACUGGGCAUUGACUGUGAAAACAUGCGCCCAAGUGUUCCGUUUUCUGCGUUUCCUUCAAACGCUGUGUCAUCCGAAGCUCCAACUGAUGCUUCUGACAAAUCCACAACCUCGAAAGAUCCGUCUGGCGAAGCAAAGUCAGUAUCUAAGUUGGAUCCUAUUAAUAGAACAACAGAAAAGGAACCAGACCUCCCAACAACCCCAAGAGUUCCAGUGUCAACAGACUCCUCAAAAGAGAAGCCAGAUAUCACAGGUUUUGUUCCUUUUAGAAGUGAAAGUAUAGGUUCAGUGACACCAACUUUAAUUACUCCACCGGUGCUUCCUACCACUAAAGAUCCUUCAGAUGAGAGUAACGAGGCAUCAACUAAGGAUUCUACAUACACAACUGGCACGCCAGAUCCUGAUGCUGACAAUGUUUACGGUACUACAUCAAAACCUAUUGAUACUCGGACAAGAGAUGGGUCAACUGCUUCUAAAGGACCACCUUUACCAACUACACUGGCUCCAAAAUCGGAAAAACUGACCACAACGGCUGUUCAUCAACCAGUCAAGGUUUCCACAUUAGAUGGAUCUAAAGACAAAAGUGACAUUAGCGAGGGUCCUCCAUCUGUGACACCAACCAAGAUUUCAGUUUCUGAUGGACAAAGUAAGAGUUCAGGUGAAGACACAACUACUAAGCUUGCAACACCACCAGUGGAUGUGAGUACCAGUUCUGCUGACUUCAAAUUCAAGACAAGUUCAUCUGACACAAAAUCUCCUCAAGAACACAAAACUAAGAAGCCUGUAUCAGAAGAACCGAGUGAAAAGCCAUCAGAUAACAACAACAAACCAACUAAUAAUGGAAUAAGUGAUGGCACUGAACCAAUUGCGUCAGAAGCCUCAACUCUUACACCACCAACACCUUCCAUUCCCUUCUCAACGAUACCACCAACUGUGGUUCCAACAGAAGAUACAAAAACCACAUCUAAGGUCGACAUUCUUCCAACCACUCCAGAUGAAAAAGAUUCCUCAACUAAUGAAGUCUCAACUGAAGAUCCUUCUGAUAAGAGUAAUGAGUCAGAUAAUAAAUCAACUUUCUCAAAAGGACCACCUAUUCCAACUACUCCGUCACCUGAGUCCGAAAGACCGUCCAGGGGUUCUUCUACUAUAACUCCUACCGAAAAUGCUAGUUUUAAAACAGAUGACGGUAUUUCUACAAAGAGUCGUCCUAGCGAGGAAAUUCCCAGUGAAGAGGUAACUGUCACGCCUGAUCCUGAUGCUGAUAACGUCCAAGACGAAGCAACAACUGGCACGCCAGAUCCUGAUGCUGACAACGUCCACGGAACUACACCGAAACCUAUUGAUACUCGGACAAGAGACAAAUCAACUGCUUCUCAAGGACCACCUUUGCCAACUACACUUUCACCAAGAUCGAAAAACCCAUCCACCAGUGCUGAUAAUCAAUCAGUGACUGAAUCUACAACGGAUGGAUCUAAAGACAACGGUGAUGUUAGUGAGGGUCCUCCAAGUGUGAAACCAACAAAGGAUUCAGUUUCUGAUGAACAAAGUUCUGAAGAGGAAGCAACAACUGGCACGCCAGAUCCUGAUGCUGACAACGUUUACGGUACUACACCGAUACCUACUGAUACUCGGACAAAAGACAAAUCAACUGCUUCUCAAGGACCACCUUUGCCAACUACACUUUCACCAAGAUCGAAAAACCCAUCCACCAGUGCUGAUGAUCAAUCAGUGACUGAAUCUACAACGGAUGGAUCUAAAGACAACGGUGAUAUUAGCGAUGGUCCUCCAACUGUGAAACCAACAAAGGAUUCAGUUUCUGAUGAACAAAGUUCUGAAGACGAAGCAACAACUGGCAUGCAAGAUCCUGAUGUCGAUAAUGUCGAAGGUACUACACCCAAGCCUUCUGAUACUCGGACAAAAGACAAAUCAACUGCUUCUAAAGGACCACCUUUGCCAACUACACUUUCACCAAGAUCGAAAAACCCAUCCACCAGUGCUGAUGAUCAAUCAGUGACAGAAUCUACAACGGAUGGAUCUAAAGACAACGAUGAUGUUAGUGAGGGUCCUCCAAGUUUGAAACCAACAAAGGAUUCAGUUUCUGAUGAACACAGAUCUGAAGAUGAAGUCACAACUGGCACGCCAGAUCCUGAUGUUGAUAAUGUCGAAGGCACUACACCCAAGCCUACUGAUACUAGGGCAAGAGAUGGGUCAACUGUCUCGCCAAAAUCAGAAAAGCCAUUCACUUCUCCUAAGGAAUCAGUCAAAGAAUCUACAAUGGAUGGAUCUAAAGACAACGGUGAUGUUAGUGAGGUUCCUCCAAGUGUGAAACAAACAAAGGAUUCAGUUUCUGAUGGAGACAAAGCAACAACUGGCACGCCAGAUCCUGAUGCUGACAACGUCCACGGAACUACACCGAAACCUAUUGAUACUCGGACAAAAGACAAAUCAACUGCUUCUCAAGGACCACCUUUGCCAACUACACUUUCAACAAGAUCGAAAAACCCAUCCACCAGUGCUAAAGAUCAAUCAGUGACUGAAUCUACAACGGAUGGAUUUAAAGACAACGGUGAUGUUAGUGAGGGUCCUCCAAGUGUGAAACCAACAAAGGAUUCAGUUUCUGAUGAACAAAGUUCUGAAGAGGAAGCAACAACUGGCACGCCAGAUCCUGAUGCUGACAACGUCCACGGUACUACACCGAUACCAAUUGAUACUCGGACAAAAGACAAAUCAACUGCUUCUCAAGGACCACCUUUGCCAACAACUCUUUCGCCACAGUCCGGAAAGUCAUCAAGGGGUUUUUCUUCCAUUACUCCUACAAAAGGUACUGGCUUUGAAGUGUCAACUGAACAUCCUUCAGAUGAGACCGACGAGUCAUCAACUGAGGGUUCUACGGACGUUGAAACAAAUCCACCAUCAAUAGAUGCAACAGUCACAACUCCUACGCCAGAUCCUAAUGCUGACAACGUCCACGGAACUACAUCCAAACCUACUGAUACUCGGACAAGAGAUGGGUCGCCAAAAUCAGAAAAGCCAUCCACUUCUGCUGAAGAAUCAGUCAAAGAAUCUACAACAGAUGGAUCUCAAGACAAGAGUGAUAUUAGCGAGGGUCCUCCAACUGUGGUCCCAACGAAGGAUUCAGUUUCUGAUGGACACAGUUCUGAAGAUGAAGUCACAACUGGCACGCCGGAUCCUGAUGCUGACAACGUUCACGAAGUUCCAUCUGAAGUUCCAUCAGUUGAAACAGUUACUCCUAAACCGUCCGAGUCACCAAAGUGUGUCCUCCUUUCGUUCAACAAGGCACAGGAAGCAUUCAGUCAGUUCUUUGGAACUGACGACAGUGCAGCGUUCAAGAGAUGUCAAGAGGUACCUGCUUUAUCGUUCCGUUAA